AGACAUUACAACUAAAAGAAAAGGAAAUUAUUAAUUUCAUUCUGCCGGAAUAUUCUAUUAAUAUAAAUUAAUAAAUUAAAAUAGAAACAUUUCAUUAAGAUAUUGUAAUUAUUGUUAUUAUAUCGUGGUUUCAGAAUGGAUAUCAAUGGUAGCUUUUUAACAUAUUCAUCGUUGACACGUGAAGAAACUACAGAACAACCAGGUGGACCAGCACCAACUCCAGCUGAUAAAACAUUGACUAGAAUUAUUUCAACAAUAAAUCAUGACAAUUUUGAUUAUUUUCAAGAAUCAUUUAAUAAAUGUCAAUUAACAAUAGAAGAUAUUGUUGAAAUUCUUGAUAGACUUACAAUAUCAUGGUUGAAAAGUAAAAGAAAUUAAAGUCAAACUUCAGAUGCUUUAAAUGAGUAAACAAAUGAAUACAAUCAUAUUGUUUACAAAAG